CAUUCAUCCACCAUGCGUCGUACAAUCAAUCUUUUGCUCGCUCUCAUCAGCAUAAGCAUCUUUUCGUUCUUCACAAAUGAUGCACUACAACCCCAGCAUCCGCAUGCCCAUGGGGGUGGCUGCAUCCCGGCCGAGAGGGCCGCCUUGCUCUCCUUCAAAAAGGGCAUUACAAGCGACAGCGCCAACCUCCUCACCUCAUGGGACGGCCAAGAUUGCUGCCGGUGGAGAGGCAUCGGUUGCAACAAUCGAACUGGCCAUGUCGUCAAGCUUCACCUUCGUAGUACUAUUGUGGAGGACAACCCCUGGGGCUACUAUGAUCCAUGUGAACAUGACAAUUCUUUGUUCGGCGAGAUAAGUCCCUCUCUACUUUCCUUGAAGCAUCUAGAGCACCUGGACCUUAGCAUGAACUGUUUACCAGGGCCAAAUAGCAAAAUUCUUAAUUUACUGGGCUCCAUGAUAAACUUGAGAUACCUUGACCUCUCUGGUAUACCAUUUACCGGUAGAGUGCCUUCUCAGCUAGGAAAUCUGUCUAAGUUGCAGUAUCUUGACCUUGCCCAAACUGGUAAUUCUAUGAUGUACUCAACGGACAUCAACUGGCUGGCGAAGCUACCUUUCCUGCAGUUCCUUAGCAUGAGCGGAGUCCAGCUCUCAGGGAUACCUGACUGGCCUCAUACCCUCAAUAUGAUUCCACCUCUGAGGGUUAUUCAUCUUUCUUCCUGUUCACUUGAUAGUGCAAACCAAUCACUUCUGCACCUUAAUCUCACAAAACUUGAGAAGCUUGACCUGUCCUCAAAUGAUUUUGAGCACUCACUCACAUCUGGUUGGUUUUGGAAAGCAACAAGCUUGAAGUACCUCGAUCUUGGGGAGAACAGAUUUUUCGGGCAGCUCCCUGACACACUAGGAAACAUGACGUACCUUCAAGUCCUUGAUAUUUCACGCAAUGAGAACAAGAACAUGAUGAUGACAGGAUACUAUAAGAAUCUUUGCAGUUUGGAAAUCCUUGACCUCUCUGUUAAUAGCAUAAAUGGAGACAUAGCAGUGCUGAUGAAGAGUUUGCCGCAAUGCACAUGGAAAAAAUUGCAGGAGCUGGAUUUUAGUAUCAACAAUUUCACUGGAACUCUGCCAGACUUUAUUAGUGAGUUCACUAGGUUGAGCAUACUAUACCUCUAUUCAAACAACCUUGUUGGAACUAUACCACCACAGAUUGGGAAUAUGACAGGUCUAACCUCCCUUGCACUCUAUAACAAUCAGCUCACCGGAAGUAUACCAGCCAAUCUUGGGAAAUUGAUGUAUAUGACUGAACUUCUCCUCUCAAGCAAUCUUCUCAGUGGAACUGUACCCACUGAAAUAGGUUCUCUUAUUAAUCUGAAUUCUCUGGCCCUAAGGGAAAAUAACUUUACUGGAGUGAUCACGGAAGAACACUUCGCAAAUCUAACAAGUUUAAGGGCAAUAGACAUCUCUUCCAACAAUUUGAAGAUUGUACUGAGUUCCGAUUGGCGUCCUCCCGUUACUCUGAAGUAUGCAUCAUUUGGAUCUUGCCAGAUGGGUCCUCUGUUUCCACCUUGGCUUCAGCAGCUGAAAACCACUGGGCUUGACAUUUCAAGCAACGGUUUGAAGGACGAGUUUCCUGAUUGGUUUUGGUCUGCAUUUUCACAUGCCACAUCACUGGAUAUCUCUAACAACCAAAUAAGUGGCAGCUUGCCAGCAGAUCUGGAUCGCAUGGCUUUUAAGAAACUCGUUCUCAAUUCAAACCGGUUUACUGGCCCAAUACCUGCAUUGCCAAAUAAUAUCACAUGGUUAGACAUCUCCAACAAUAAAUUUUCAGAAACAAUACCAUCAAACCUUGGAGCCUCACUACUUGAAGUAUUGUCUGUGCAUUCAAAUCAAAUUGGUGGCUAUAUUCCAGAAUCUAUUUGCAAACUUGAAUGGUUGGUGUAUCUGGAUUUGUCGAACAAUAUUUUGGAGGGUGAAAUUCCCCAAUGUUUUGAAAUCCACAACAUACAAUUUUUUAUACUCAACAAUAACAGUUUAUCAGGAAAAAUGCCAGCAUUUUUGCAGAACAACACAGGUCUGAAGUUCUUGGAUUUGUCAUGGAAUAAGUUCUCUGGAAGAUUACCUACAUGGAUAGGAAAGCUGGUGAAUUUACAUUUUCUGAUACUGAGCCACAAUAAUUUUUCUGAUAAUAUUCCAGUUGACAUAACUGAGCUUGGGUAUCUUCGAUACUUAGAUCUAUCAGGCAACAGCUUCUCUGGUGCAAUACCUCAGCAUCUGUUGAACCUAACAUUUAUGAGAACAUUACAACAGGAAUCAGUUGGUAUGGAUGGUUCUGUUGAAUCUCAUGGAACCACAAACUUACGCACUAGCAGCAUACUGAAUGUUGAACAGCUAGGACAUAUAUUGUCAGUACAGACAAAAGGGCAGCAGCUUGUAUACUUAUUUGGCAGAACACUUGCAUAUUUUGUGAGCAUUGAUUUAUCAUGCAACUCCCUGACUGGUGAAAUUCCUACAUACAUCACUUCGCUUGCUGCACUAAUGAAUAUGAACUUAUCAUCAAACCAAUUGAGUGGAGAAAUUCCAAGCAUGAUUGGCACCAUGCAGUCACUGGUAUCUCUUGACCUCUCUCAGAACAAGCUUUCUGGUGAAAUCCCAUCGAGCUUGUCAAAUCUGACAUCUCUGGCCGCCCUGAACCUGUCCUACAACAGUUUGUCUGGAAGGAUACCCUCUGGCCGCCAACUUGACACCCUCAAUUCGGAGAACCCGUCACUUAUGUACAUCGGCAACAAUGGACUUUGUGGGCCUCCUGUCCACAAGAAUUGUUCAGGAAAUGAUCCUUUCAUCCAUGGCGAUCUCAGAAGCAGUAACCAAGAAUUUGAUCCACUGACGUUUCACUUUGGUCUUGUGCUGGGAUUUGUGGUGGGGCUCUGGAUGGUGUUUUGUGCACUGCUGUUCAAGAAGACAUGGAGAAUUGCUUACUUCCGGUUCUUCGACAAGGUGUACGAUCAUGUCUAUGUAUUUGUGGUUGUGAAGUGGGCAGGCUUCGCAAAGAAAACAGAUGAAGAAUAACCAAUUUCUCUGAAGGAGGUGGAGUUUGUGCUGCAACCUAUUGAAUGAGAGCUCUGGAAUAUUAACCAGUGUGCAAGAUCUCCAGACCAGAAGCAUAUGUUAUAUUGUGUGCCUUGUUUGCACCUCUAUCUAAAUAAAAAAUGAAGAUGCCUAUCUCUUCUGAUACAUUUAUGACUGCACUACUGUCAAAUUAUUGUGGUAAAUGUAAGAUCUUCAGAAGCAUAUGUUAUAUUGUGUGCCUUGUCUGUACCCCCUAAAUAAAGAUGAAGAUGUCUAGCUCUUCUGAUACAUUUAUGCUUUACUACUGUCAAACUAUUGUGGUAAAUGUAAGCCUUCAGUAUUGUUUAGUUAUUCCGAUACAUGUAAAACUUUACUAUUCUACUGGACUGUAAUCAUGAGAGUCUUUCCCUGAAUAAUUUCAACAGCUUUCUCCCGUGAAAGUGAGUUAAUUUUUA